GGUCUGACUUCCGUCGCUUAUUAUGAAUACGUUGCAGAAUGCUGGAGUCGUUCUAUAUUCCAUCGAUCGCUAACGUCUUUUUUAGCUAUCCGAUGCCGGGCUUACUCAUGAAUUCGCUUGCUACGGUUUACCGUCACAAAAUACUGUCAUUUUCACUACUCGUUUUAAAUAAGGAAUUCAUUCUUUCUUCUAUUUGUUGUUCACCCUACUCUGAUUUACUAUAAUCCUAAGGAAAUAAUCGUGAUGGAAAGCACGUGUAAUAAGCGGGAACACGAGGAAAACGACGCGGAGGAUGGAUGGGUCGGGCCACUGCCCUCAGAGGCAGCUCCUCAAAAAAAGCAAAAAGUUUUGGAGUACGAGCAAGUGUACUUGGAUAAUUUGCCAUGCUGUGAAUGCUAUGAAAAAUCAUACAUGCACAGAGAUGUCAUCACACAAGUUUUAGUAACAAAAACAAAUUUCAUCAUUACCGGAAGCUGUGAUGGACAUGUGAAGUUUUGGAAGAAGCAAGAAGAACUCAUUGAAUUUGUGAAGCAUUUUCGAGCACAUUUAAUGGCCAUACGUGCUAUGAGUGCAAGCUGUAAUGGGGCUUAUGCAUGUACAGUCAGUUUAGACAAGAGUAUUAAAGUUUUUGACGUUGUUAAUUUUGAUAUGAUUAAUAUGAUGAAACUCGAUUAUGUCCCAUUGUGUGCUGAAUGGGUAUUUUCACCUGGGGAUGCAAUAUCUGCUUUGGCAGUCUCCGAUGAAGAUACAAAUAAGAUAUACAUUUACGAUGGCCAAGGAACAGCUAUACCACUACAUGUUUUUGAGAAACUUCAUACAAAUCCAGUUAUAGUUAUGAGAUACAAUCCUACAUACGAGACUUGUAUAUCCGUCGACAAGGCAGGAAUUCUGGAAUACUGGACUGGUCCAAAAACAGAAUAUAAAUUCCCAAAAUGUGUAUCAUUUGAGUCGAAAUUAGAUACGGAUCUGUUUGAAUUUGCAAAGAACAGAACAUAUCCCUGUGGUCUGGCAGUGUCACCAGAUGGAAAGAGAUUUGCAUCUCUUAGCGGAGAUAGAAAAGUGAGGGUCUUCAAUUUCCUCACUGGAAAGCUUUAUAGAGUGUUCGAUGAGACACUCCAAAGAUUCACAGAACUCCAGCAAACAACUCAACAACUCCCGAACAUGGAGUUUGGUCGAAGAAUGGCAGUAGAGAGGGAGUUGGAUAAAACAGAAACAAACCUCGGAAACAUCAUAUUCGAUGAAUCCGGCUAUAUGAUCCUUUACAGUACAAUGUUAGGAGUGAAGCUUGUGAAUCUCUACACGAACCGCUGUAUAAGAAUAAUGGGAAAACCAGAAAAUAUCCGGCCGAUGCAACUAGCUCUAUUUCAGGGCAAAGCAAGAAAAACAACAGCUGCAGUAACAGUAGAAAUGGAAGCUUCGGAAAACCCAACAAUGGAAAUGAAUCGACCAGACCCGACACUCUUCUGUACAGCCCACAAGAAAAACCGUUUCUACAUGUUCACCAGACGCGAACCUGAGGACACCAAGAGUCAGGAGUGUGACAGAGACGUCUUCAACGAGAAGCCAUCUAAGGAAGACAUCAUAUCUUCCACGGAGGCUACGAACAUGCAGAAGAUUUACGACACUGCGGUCAUUCACACGGCUCUCGGCGACAUCCACGUCAAUCUUUUUGGCAAGGACGUUCCUAAAACCGUUGAGAACUUUUGCGUUCACUCUAAAAAUGGCUACUAUAAUGGACAUAUAUUUCACCGUGUUAUCAAAGGCUUCAUGAUACAAACUGGGGACCCUACCGGAACUGGCACCGGCGGUGAAAGUAUAUGGGGUGGUGAAUUCGAGGAUGAAUUCAGGUCAAAUUUAAAACAUGAUCGACCUUACACACUAAGUAUGGCGAACGCUGGUCCUAACACCAAUGGCAGCCAGUUCUUCAUUACCUUAACACCUACGCCCUGGUUGGACAACAAGCACACAGUGUUUGGCAGGGUGGUCAGAGGAAUGGAGGUCGUCCAGAAUAUCAGUCAGGUCAAGACAAAUCCUAAAACCGACAAACCCUACGAUGACAUAAGGAUAGUUAGCAUUACUGUAAAGUAGAAACAAAUUCAAAAUUAUUAGUAUCAGUUAGACACUUCAAAGGAAAGACAAUUUCAAGAAGCACCAUGUGUAGUAAUAGAUCAAGAUGUGGAGGACAAGAUUGCUGGAACAAAAUGGAGG